AUUUAGAUACAGUUGAUGAAUCAAAUAAUUAUGCAACAAUAUCAAAUGAAACAAAAAGUCUUGAACGUUUUACAGAUAGUUUUGUAUAUAAAGAUUUUGUUCGACAAGGUCUUAUUGUAACAACAUUUCCACCAUCACGUUCAACAAUACGUACAACAAAUGUUACAUCACUUACAUCAACUAUAUCAUUAAUAAAUUCAUCAAAUAUAAAUGAUAAUAAUUUAAAUAGUAAUGUACAACAACAAUUAAUUAAUUCAACUAGUGGAAAUAAUAAUAAUAAUAAUAAUAAUAAUGUAAUGAACACAACAACAGGAAUGAAUACAAUGUCAACAACUAAUACAUUAAUGGUUACUAGUGAUGAUGCUUUUCGUAUUUCACAUAUUAAUCGAAAUUUUGGGUUUUGUAGAAGCUAUCCAUUGGUACUUGUAUUACCUAAAGAUAUUCUCGAUGAAAGUUUGAAAAAAGUAGCACGAUGUCAUAAACUUCAACGUGUUCCUGUUAUUGUUUGGCGUAAUCCACGUACAAAAUCUCUUUUAUUACGUGGUUCAGCUUUUUGUAAUAAAGGUUUUAUUAAUCUACUUGUUAAAGGUCCACAAACAAAUUCAAGUUCAUCAAGUGAUACAAAUGCAAGUAUAGAACAAGAACGUUAUUUUGAUGCUAUUGUUAAAUUAACACCAACAAAAAUGCCAUUUUCAUCAGAUCUUGGUGAUGGUGAUGAACCUGAAUCAACUGAUAUAACACCAUUAUCUGUUCGAAAAACAUCACAUCAUUCAGCAACAAAUCGUUUACAAAAUUUUUUACCAACACGUGUUUUAUAUGAUCGUCCACGAGCAAAAAAAAUGAUAAAAAAUCAAAAUGAAAAUAUAUCAAAUAAUCGAUUAAUAAAUAAAAAUCGUUUAUCUGAUCUUUUCAAAAGUUCGAGUAGUACAACAUUAACGGAUAAUAUGCGAUUGGCUUUUGCUAGUAUUAAUGUUCAUUCAAAUAUUGAUACAUUACCAAGAAGUGAAACAGCAAG